CCCGACAAGGUGAAAGCUUUUGUCACAAAAAUGUAUUUGCAAGCUUCGCUCUCGAGCUUAUCCUUGUUUCACAUUCGUUUCGUUCUCGUUCAGCUCGACUAAAAGGCUAUUAAACAUUUUAAUGUGGAACAUCGAUAUCUUCGAAGAGUAGAGUUUGCGAACGUAGUCAAAAUGUAGUGCGGUAUUUGGCCAUUUAAGGCCGAAUCAAGCAAUUACGAAUAAAUACAACUUUACAUAUAGACAUAAUAGACACAUCCCUUAUUCCAUCUUCGGAAGAAGAGACGAUCAAUUCGAUUUAGAAAUUAAGAAUAAUUUCGAUACUUUUGAAUAUUUUGAACGACUAAGCAACUCAAGCGCGUAGAUAAGAGAAUAGAGAAGUCUUGUUCGGACUGUUCGGAGUUCCUCAUUUGUUUCAAGCCGCCUGCGGUUCUUUGCCACAGUUUUGUGGCGUAGGAAGCAUCAUUUAUACAAGUUAAAUAAUUGUAUGUACUUUAGAACAGUAAAAUCUAUUAAAACACACAGGUUAUCCAUAAUAACCUUCAAAGGUUUGAAGCAGUGAUUGAUUAAUUUGGGUAAUGUAACAUGAAUGGAUCUAUAAAAGAAAUAAAUAAAGAUUCAUUGAAUGAGAUUUCAAUGCCGAGAAUGGGCGAACUGCGUGGCCCGACACUGGAGUAUAACACUGGAGAAGCUUUUUUAAAAGUCAUUUCAACAGGAUGUGAAGCACUCAUAGCAUGUGCGAGGCAAUUAAAUAUAAUGGAUAAGGAACAUGGGAAUGGAGAUUAUGGUACAAGACUUGCACACGCAGCCGAAGCUGUGCAAGAUGCCAUUCAGAAAGAUGAGGUACAUGGGAGAAAUUUGUAUGUAACAUUCAAACAGAUCAGUUGUAUCAUCCGAGGAACAGUAGAUGAUUCGGCAGGAGAAAUAUACUCCGAUUUUUUUUACAAUAUUGCCGAGGGUUUUUCAAAACAUGAAAGUGAAACUAGAGUAACAGCACUCACAUGGCUAAAUGUGCUGACGUAUGCUAAUAAAGCAUUGAAAGCUAAAGUAUUCCCUGAACAAGAACAAGCACUAUUAACCAGUUUGGGAACAGUGCAAAAGGAUUUGGAAAAUGCGUUAGAUCAAGAUUUUGAUCCUAUUGAAGUAUACGAGGCAGCUGUAAAUGCUGCUGAAAGCUUCACUUCAAGAGUUCUAAAUGCACGUUCCACAGCAGGAAAUUCUAAAGGGCCUAAAUAUCCUGAUCCUCGGGCGCAUGCAGUCGGUAUAUGGAUGAGAGGUUCUUUCGAAGGCACCAAAUUAAAAUUAAGUCAUAUAAUAAAUAAAUCAUGAAUUCUACUAUAAUCCAUAUGACACGAUAAUUAUUACGUUAUAUUAGUGUAAACGAUGUAUUUCUUAAUAAAAUGGAUUAGCAUCGAAGGUGUUAAUCGUAAAAGAAA